UAUUAAACUGGUUGUUCCCCUUUAACACGUGCAGGUGAUGACGCCACCCGCCGUUCAACAAGCAGCACAACAAGGAAGUCCUCAGAGUCUCCGGUUCAACCCGUUUAGACGAAACUAAUUCAUGAGCCAAUGGUUUCCUUGUAGCACAGUAUGCCAGUUGAAAGCCCGGAGGAGAGGACAGUGGAGGUGCUGCUGCUGCCCAAAGAUGUGGAUGAGGAACUGCUGUCUCUGUAUUUCGAGAAUAAGCGGCGCUCUGGGGGAGGCCCACUUAUCUCUGUGGAGAAGAAGGAUGGCCGUGCCAUAUUGGUGUUUGAAGACGCAGAAGCUGCAGCCCGAGUGCUAGCUAAAGGGCACCAUGUUCUGCAUAAUGUCGAGCUGAGUGUGAGAAAGCCUCCCUCAAAGGACCCAUGCAGACUGCUGCUGCGGGGGAUCAACCCCAGCACCCUCACUGAGAUGAUAGAGCUCUAUGUGGAGAACAUGAUGGGCUUGAACAUGCCAGACUACAAACUGCAACCCUUACCGGGGAGAGAUUUCAUCCUCAUUCACCUCAGUCAACCCCUCUCGAAAGAUUUCGAAAAGCUUAGUGAGAAGAUCUCCAAGAGGAGACUGGAUGGGGCCAAGGUGACACUUGAGCAGAUUGAGCAAACUGACUCUGUUUUAGUGGAGAACCUGCACCCUGGCACCACUCCAGACACACUCAAUCUUUACUUUGAGAGCAAGCGAGGUGGGGCUCAGAAGGUGAAGGAGGUCACCAUGCUAUCAGAGGGUACAGCAAAGGUGUCCUUUGUCAACCAUGAAUCUUUGGGCCCCAUCCUGGAUCACCAACACAAACUGGAAGGUGCUGACUUAGUAGUGAAGCCAUACUUUGACUUUCUUCAACCAACAGAAGAAGUAACAUCACAAAACUCUGAAAGGCAAGAUACGACUGAGAGAAACUCUGAGGAUCUGAGUGAUAUUCAGAUGCAGACCAGUCCUCCCUUAGUGGUCAAUGCCAGCAGUCUGUCCUCCUGUCAGAUGACCUCAGAGCCUGCUGCUGCCCAUGUGGUGGUAGAGAAGGCAACUGAGGAAGUGAUGGAGAAUCAAACUGUGGAUACAGACACACUAUCACAUCAUAUUGCUAUUGCUGACCCAGUAAAACUUGCUUUGUUUCAACGUAGCCCUCUUCCACAGAACAUUAAAAAGACUCACCCAGAUUUCACCAUACAGAUUAAAGAUGAUGGUGUUCACAUUGUAGGAACCGGGAGACAAAAGUUGGAGCAGAUAAAACACACUGUCUCAGACUUUCUCUGCAAUAUUGCUGAAACCACUUUCACCCUUGAGCCAGAAAAGGCUCAGUUCCUUGCAAGAAAAGAUGUUAAAGAGCGACUACUGCAGACCAUGAAUCAAACUGGGUCACCCACAAUGUACUCUGUAUCAGAUUCUAAAGUCUUGGUAACAUCACUAUCUCAGAACUCGGCUCAGCAGGCAUGUAGCUUUUUAAAAUCCCAACUGUGCCACUUCAGGGUACCGUUGGACACAGAAUAUGAGGGCAUGUUAUAUUGCAGAGAGUGGUCUGAGUUCCUACAGGCUCUGGGCUUCUCCUCUGUAAAGGUGUCAGAACGAGGAGGGAAUAUUGAUGUGUUAACUCUGAAAGGGAUGGAGAGCGAGAAGCAGGCUGCAAUCCUGCAGUUUCUUACAACACCCAUUGAAAGGGAGACAGUCAUCUCUAUGGAGCCAGGCAUGCUGAAAUACAUCCAGAUCCACUGUCAUCAGCUGUUGGCUGAUAUGGACCAAGUGUCUAUUUUUCCACUAGAGGCUGAGGAUGUCUGUGGGUUAAAGAUCCAUGGCCACGCUGUUGCUUGUCAAAUGGCUGAGGAGGUGUUGCAAGGUGUUGUGUCCUCUAUCUGCACCAGAACCAUCACAGUAAACGCCCCAGGAGUGGCCCGCUUUUUAGGCGAGGCAGAGUGCAAGAGCAUCCUGAAUGAGAUGGAGUCAAAGUUUCAGGUCUACAUCAGCCCUAAGUACGUCCCCUGGGAACCCCUGCCUCACCAGGACAUUUUUGAAACUGCAUGGAAGAUGAUGUCUCACCAAAACUUUCAGGGAGUGCCUGUGGAUGGUCCUGCACAGGAGUUAAAAGCAGAUUCAAUGCAAACUGACUAUAGUGGAGCUCCUGAUAAAGGUCUUUUAGAGGAAGCAAAGAGAAUCGUCUCAGCCAUUGAUGAAAGAGUCGAGGAGGGUGUGUCCAACUCAGACCAGCUCGAUGACACAGAUAAUAUGGACCUGUACACAGCAGAUGAACCGACCAGCCUGACAGACCAGGAGCAGGAUGUGAUAAUAAUUGAUGCUUCCGAGACCUCCACUGAGGGGAAUGCUGUGCGUGGGUCAGCUCUGGGCCUUUCGAGCAAUCUGGAUGAGGAAGCUCAGCUAUCUCUAGCCAUUCAGUACUCGAUGGAGUCAAGCCACUGGACCGUGGAGGAUGAGGAGGAACAGCUGAAAAAAGCCUUGGAGCUGUCAAGAAAAAUGAUACAAAAUGAAGGCUCCCCUAGCUGUACUAAGAACCCCCAAGCCAAUCAGCAGAAAAAGAGCAGCGAUGUUUCCUUACAGGAGGCCAUCAAAGCAGCCAACACCAUCCAGAUAAAUGUGUUUGCAGGCUAUAGCUGUGAUCUGAUUCGGGUGGACAUAGCCUUUGGGAAGAAGGUCACCCAAAGACAAGUCGAAGAAAAACUCGAGCACAGGAGUGUGAGGAACAUGUCCGAUUACCACAGGAAGUGUCUGGAGAUGAUCAAGAGGAAGCAUGCAGUCGAGAUUCAAGUUCAGGGCACCAUAAUCACUGUUUCUGGAUUCAAGGACUUUGUGACUGGAGGAGUGUGGGAUGUAAAGCUGCUGCUGGAGAAAAUCACCAACUCUGUACCCAACCGGGAAAUCCUGAAGACUGUUCAGUGGGUGGUGCAUGAUCCCACCUCCUCAGACACGACUCCAUUUUCACCUGAUGCCACAGUAUUCAUCGAGAAUGCUUGGAGGAUGAAGCUGAAGACUGUUGAUAUCUUGCUAGACAAUCAGCCCCAUAUUAUCAACUUUGAAAAGAUGCAGGAAUACAACAUAGCUUCUGGGAAAUCUGUGAAAAUCUCCAGGAAGCUGCUGGAGUUAGGAGAUUUGAAUCAGGAUGUACCAGAGGAGGAAUACUCUCUGCUGUCAAACCUGCCCGAAGCAACCAAAGUCGAUGAGGAAUCUGAUGAAUUUCAGAAUGUGGUGAAGAAUUUCUAUGAGACCAUUCAGGAAUACCACAGCAAGAUCAGAAUCAUACAGGUGGAGAAGCUCAUGAAUCGACUGCUGUACAAUCAGUACAAGUUAAAGAAGGCGAGCAUUCUGCAGCGUGCCACAUACCCAGAGGUUGAACGGACUCUCUACCAUGGCACAAGUGAGAGUAGUGUGAAAGAGAUAUGUGUUCAUGGAUUCAACAGAAGCUUCUGUGGAAAGAAUGCCACCGUCUAUGGUCAGGGGGUGUAUUUUGCUGUCAACUCUUCGCUGUCUGUUCAGGAUCAAUAUUCACCCCCAAAUGCAGACGGACACAAGUUUAUUUUUGUGUCGAAGGUUCUAACAGGGGACUAUACUAAAGGCUGCCAUUCGAUGAAGACCGCCCCGCUGAAGGAGACCGGUGAUAUUCCCCUCAGAUACGACAGUGUGACAGAUGACAUUACCAAGCCGUCAAUGUUCGUCAUCUUCAACGAUACACAAGCUAUUCCAGAAUAUCUCAUCACAUGUCAGAGAAUCCAUCGCUGAGGAAACCGAUUAGCCAUUAGACAAACUGCUUUUAAUGUGUUGCCUUGAUUUUAAAAAGUGCAUUUGAUUUAUAAAGGGCUAAUGUGUUAUAGUGUACAGUUGGUAUUUUUUUUACUUUGCUGAUCAAAAUUUUAUCAAGUACUUUGCUGUUUCAUCAGUUGCUCUAUUUUCUGUUCUUCUUAAGUCUGAUCAAGAGAAACUCAAACACAUUUGAUUAAGUAACUUUAAACAUUCCCUUUCAGCACAUAAAGGGUCACUGUGCCAGGUGUGACUUGGCAGUAAUUGCAUGACAUUUUACAUGCAACAGUCAAUUUUGUACUUGUGGACAGAGAUCAUACACUCUAAUGUUUACUCUCCUUGCUUAAACUUGGAAGAAUCCAAAUUAUGUUGUAAUUGUGAUUUUCAACCAUGGUUUUGGGGUUUUCUUCAUCCAGGUUACUGUAUUAAUGUGAAUGUAACUGACAGUUUUGGUUUAAAAUCUAACCUUUUCCAGGAGGCUAAUGUGAAAUAUUUUCCCCAUUUAUUAGUUUGUGCGUCCAGAAAGUUUGAUGACCUUAUAUAUUUACUUUCAGGUUCAGUUGUAGUGUCCAGAAUGUGCAGGUUUUUCUUUUGGCCACAUAAGAAUAGUUAACUGGUCUGAGAACAGCCCCUUAACAUAGUAACUAUGUUAGAACAGCAGCAGGCCUAUUAGGCCUAUUGUGAUAAUAACCAGAAUUAUUCUUUACCACAGUGCAGCUAAUAACUGUUGGUUUUUCAAGCUACAGAAUCAUUACUCUGUUGUAAAUUUGAAGCCAUGCACAUCUGUCACAUCUACUGUGCACUUUGAAUGAAUGUACAUUAUUUUAAUCAAAUAAUCUGAGUUAAGCCUUGUGUACCAUGUGCAAACCAUGAUGAAGCUUGAUUCUCAUAUUCCAGUCCCACUGUUCCUUACUUUGUGAAGUAAACACAGGUUGCACAGUUUGUCCACAUGGUUACUGAAUGGCAGGAGAGUGUAGGGUAAAAUUAGUGUUUACAGCAAGCCCCCAGAAAAGAAAAAGGUAACAUGCUAAAGUCAUAACUACCAACCUGUUUUCCUCUAUAUUGGAGAAGUAUCAUUCAACUUUAUACAUAAAUCUGUUCUGGGCCUAUGAUUUCACUACUGUUCUGAUUAAUUAAAAGAAAGUGCCAUUUUAA